AUGUUUAGCAUCAGCAGCAAACGCUUUGAAUACUCAAACAAGAGUUUCUCUAAAAGUCAUCAAGUAUCAAAGUCAAGCUCGUCGUUCAGCCGUGACAGUGGUGUCAGCAAAAAACGUCAUGAAUCUCGUCAUCGAAGGCCGGCGACGGCUUCCACAGCCACGACCAGUGAUGGCACGGUCAUGGGCGGGAAUGUAUCGUGUGCGAUCGUGACGCUGGUCGUUGGAUCCGACCAACGACUAUUCGCCGCCCAUGAGGAUGUUCUUGGUGCCAGUCUCUUCUUCAGUAAUGCUCUCCGAAAUACAUACAUGGAUCCUACUGCCAAAAAAAUUGCCCUUCCUGAUGAAGAGCCAGAUAUUUUCAGCUCCGUAUUAGAAUACCUGUACAAGGGAGACUACUUUCCCCGACUUAUGCAUAGCAAACGCCGCAACUCCUGGGAACUCGAGCCUUCUGAUGCAGAACGAGCAGUUGAAAGCACCUUGCAUCAUCGCGGCUUUGACGGUGACUUACUCAAAGACACCGUCAUUUAUUGUGCAGCUGAGAAAUACGGAUUAGAGGAGCUCAAGAAGCUCGCUCUCCGGAAGCAAGGCUUGCAAUACGGCAUCCAGUGCAGCACCAUCUUGGCAUCUGCGCGAUAUGCUUAUGCUAACACACCCGAUACCGAUUCCAAACUGCGAGCUCAUUAUCUGGCUCUCAUUAUUCGCUCUCGUAGCACUUUUAAGCGUAGCGGGACUAUGCAACUCGAAAUGUACAAUGGAGGCACCCAGCUCUUUUUUGACCUCUUUGUUGCCUUGUGCAAUCAUGUUGAUGAUAUCUCAUCUGCACAGUAA